AUUAAAUCAUCAAAAAAUUUUGGAGCAAUUUAAAUAAAAGAGUGAAAGUGCGGCCGCCAUAAAAUCUCAAAAGAGAGAACGAAAAGCAAGAACAGCAGCAGUACGGACUAGGAAGGGAACUCAGUCUCGGCCUAUCUCGACGGUGCGACCCGUCUCUCGCCGACGACAAUCCGCUUCGUUUCAGGCCGCCACCCCGGGGCCCGCCGCCGCCACCGCCACCGCCCCAGGGCUCUCUUCCCAAACCCGAAUGGCUGUUCCAAUUGCAGUUACAAUGCCCGCUCCACUUGCACGUGCAAUUCUUGUGAAAGACCUGAGUUCCGCGUCCUCUCUUCAAUGCCCCUCGGUCUACUUGUGCCAUUGCAAUCCCGAAAGAAAGGAACUUCCAUUCCCUCCGAAUGCCCUUCGCCGUAAAAUCGAUCCGAAGUGGCGAGGAGGGUUCUCGCUCGGUAUAGAUUUGGGGUUGUCUCGCACUGGUCUUGCUCUUAGCAAAGGCUUUUGUUUUCGCCCUCUGACGGUUUUGGAGCUGCGAGGACAGAAGCUUGAGUUGCAGCUUCUGGACAUUGCAGAAAAGGAGGAGGCAGAUGAAUUCAUCAUUGGGCUUCCUCUAUCUUCUGAUGGAAAAGAGACUGUUCAGUCCAAUAAAGUUCGCAGCGUUGCUGGAAGACUCGCAGCUCGAGCUGCGGAGAGGGGUUGGAGAGUAUAUCUCCAGGAUGAGCAUGGCACAUCAGCUGAAGCCACUUACCGUAUGAUCAACAUAGGUGUCCAGCAGUCCACUCGGCAAAAAAAAGCCGAUGCCUAUGCCGCGAUGAUGGUCCUGGAGAGAUAUUUCUCUUUGUCGGGAGAGGAAGCUGAAUUAGUUUUUCCCAAGAGUUUAGAUUUGCAAGAGAAAUUACGGAGGGCUCCAUCUGGGGACAGAGACUUGUCUGAAUGAGUCAUUGAUUGGCUAUUACAGUAACACUGACACCAAAUGCUAUGCCUUCCGAAGCGAAACAUCCAUAAUCAAAUGCUGAAUUAGUUUUGCCCAAGAGUUUAGAUCUGCAAGAGAAAUUAUGGAGGGCUCCAUCCGGGGACAGCGACUUCUCUGAAUAAGUCAUUUAUUGGCACUGACACCAAAUGCUAUGCCUUUCGAAGCGAGACAUCCAUAAUCGUGGAUUGUAUAAAAUCAAGGAAAUCAGCAGUAUCGGGGAAAGUCACCAAUGAGCCUUUUGUCCAAACGAAACUAUAUGUUCUUGGACUUGUUUCUCUGGAACUUUAAUGUACUUUCUUAAUGGUGGUCUGGAGUUGCCUUUAUCUGCAGCCGGGGAUGGUACUUUAUGCCAUUUAAAGGGCCAAGCUGGGAGGACUUGAAGUUUAUAGAGUUGCUGAACGGACGAAUUAAUGCCGCAAUGAUCGAAGCAACUCAAGCUUUAAUCACUUACGAGGUUGUGAAAUAAUUUUCUUGUUUUGAGAUGCAGAAGAGUCUUCAUGUAGUGAGAAAUUCAUUGCA